AGAUGCCGGAUAGGUGGAGGAAUGCCGGGGGUGGCUGUGGAGCAGUCUUGAGGAUUCUGGGGGUGUUCAUUGUGCAGAUAUGUUAUGUGCUUCAUUAUGGAAAGAACCGGAGCGUUUCCAAGGCAAGCAAAGAAGGCAAAGAGUAGUUUCUGCGGAUAGAAGGGAGAGCAUUUGAAGCUGGAGGAGUGCUAAAUAUUAGAGAAGAUGCAGGCAAUGCAUAAUAGAAUAGACAGAUGUAGCAUAAUUAUCAAAUGCUGGCUCAAGGUCUAAAGAGUUAUUCCAGAUGGGCCAGAGUGGCCUAGUUCGGAACCUGUUUGGGCUCUUCAGUAGAUGACAUCCGAACAGAAGAAUCAGUGGCUUGAAAAUUCAGCCAAGUGACCUGGCGGGAUGGGCAUUUGCCUGACACAUUUUAUAGAGGAAUUGGAUAGCACAAGUGACUGAGAGGAUCUUGAGAGUUUCUGGAGCCUGUGAAAGGUAGAAACUCAACCAUGAUUUCUUUCUCUACUCAACAGCAUUCCCUUCCUUGAAGUCUUCAUUUUUACUUCAGUCUCAGGCAGUUAUACUUAAGCAUGAACAUUGACGACAAACUGGAAGGAUUGUUUCUUAAAUGUGGCGGCAUAGACGAAAUGCAGUCUUCCAGGGCAAUGGUUGUAAUGGGUGGAGUGUCUGGCCAGUCUGCUGUGUCUGGAGAACUGCAAGAGUCAGUACUUCAAGAUCGAAGUUUGCCUCACCAGGAGAUCCUUGCUGCAGAUGAAGUGUUACAAGAGAGUGAAAUGAGACAGCAGGAUAUGAUAUCGCAUGAUGAGCUCAUGGUUCACGAGGAGACGGUGAAAAAUGAUGAAGAACAGAUGGAAACCCAUGAGCGCCUUCCUCAAGGACUUCAGUACGCACUUAAUGUCCCUAUAAGUGUAAAGCAGGAAAUUACUUUUACUGAUGUAUCUGAGCAACUGAUGAGAGACAAAAAACAAGUCAGAGAGCCAGUAGACUUACAGAAAAAGAAGAAGCGGAAACAGCGCUCUCCUGCAAAAAUCCUUACAAUAAAUGAGGAUGGAUCACUUGGUUUGAAAACCCCUAAAUCUCACGUCUGUGAGCACUGCAAUGCUGCCUUUAGAACGAACUAUCACUUACAGAGACAUGUCUUCAUUCAUACAGGCGAAAAACCGUUUCAAUGUAGUCAAUGCGACAUGCGUUUCAUACAGAAGUACCUGCUUCAGAGACACGAGAAGAUCCAUACCGGUGAAAAACCAUUUCGCUGUGAUGAGUGUGGUAUGAGAUUCAUACAGAAAUAUCACAUGGAAAGGCACAAGAGAACUCACAGUGGAGAAAAGCCUUACCAGUGUGAAUACUGCUUACAGUAUUUUUCCAGAACAGAUCGUGUAUUGAAACAUAAACGUAUGUGCCAUGAAAAUCAUGACAAAAAACUCAACAGAUGUGCCAUCAAAGGUGGCCUUCUCACUUCAGAGGAAGAUUCUGGCUUUUCUACAUCACCAAAAGAUAAUUCACUGCCAAAAAAGAAAAGGCAAAAAACUGAGAAGAAAUCAUCUGGAAUGGACAAAGAGAGUACCUUGGACAAAUCUGACAUGAAGAAAGACAAAAAUGAUUACCUGCCCCUCUACUCUUCAAGCACUAAAGUUAAAGAUGAAUACAUGGUUGCAGAAUAUGCUGUUGAAAUGCCACAUUCUUCAGUUGGAGGAUCCCAUUUGGAAGAUGCAUCUGGAGAAAUACACCCUCCCAAGUUGGUUCUCAAAAAAAUCAAUAGUAAGAGAAGUCUGAAACAGCCCCUGGAACAAAAUCAAACCAUUUCACCCCUGUCCACUUACGAAGACAGCAAAGUUUCAAAGUAUGCAUUUGAGCUUGUGGAUAAGCAGGCUUUACUGGACUCGGAAGGCAGUGCUGACAUCGAUCAAGUGGAUAACUUGCAGGAGGGGCCCAGCAAACCUGUGCACAGCAGUACUAAUUACGAUGAUGCCAUGCAGUUUCUGAAAAAGAAGCGUUAUCUUCAAGCUGCAAGUAACAACAGCAGGGAGUACGCGCUGAAUGUGGGUACCAUAGCUUCUCAGCCUUCGGUCACACAAGCAGCUGUGGCCAGCGUCAUUGACGAGAGCACCACAGCAUCCAUACUGGAUUCCCAGGCACUUAAUGUGGAGAUUAAGAGCAAUCAUGACAAAAGCGUUAUUCCAGAUGAGGUCCUGCAGACUCUGCUAGAUCAUUACUCCCACUCCCACAAGGCUAAUGGACAGCACGAGAUUUCCUUCAGUGUUGCCGAUACGGAAGUGACUUCUAGCAUAUCAAUCAAUUCUUCUGACGUACCCGAAGUCACCCCAUCAGAGAAUGUUGGAUCAAGCUCCCAAGCAUCCUCGGCAGAUAAAGCUAACAUGCUGCAGGAAUACUCCAAAUUCUUGCAGCAGGCUUUGGACAGAACUAGCCAAAAUGAUGCCUAUUUGAAUAGCCCAAGCCUUAACUUUGUGACUGAUAACCAGACCCUUCCAAAUCCGCCAGCAUUCUCUUCCAUAGACAAGCAAGUCUAUACAGCCAUGCCCAUCAAUAGCUUUCGAUCAGGAAUGAAUUCUCCAUUAAGAACAACUCCAGAUAAGUCCCACUUUGGACUAAUAGUUGGUGACUCACAGCACCCGUUUCCCUUUUCAGGUGACGAGACAAACCACGCCUCUGCCACAUCAACUGCAGACUUUUUGGAUCAAGUGACUUCUCAGAAGAAAGCUGAGGCACAGCCUGUCCACCAGGCUUACCAAAUGAGCUCCUUUGAACAGCCCUUCCGUGCUCCAUAUCAUGGAUCCAGAGCUGGGAUAGCAACUCAAUUUAGCACUGCCAAUGGACAGGUGAACCUUCGGGGACCAGGGACAAGUGCUGAAUUUUCAGAAUUUCCCUUGGUGAAUGUAAAUGAUAAUAGAGCUGGGAUGACAUCUUCACCAGAUGCCACAACUGGCCAGACUUUUGGCUAAAAAAAAAAAAAAAAAAAAAAAAAAAAAAAAAAAAAAGUGUAAAUAAUACUGGCACUUUAGAACAGAUUAAUCGAGAGUGGGUUCCUCUGUGUAAAAUGGAGUGCUAUACAGAUUUAAGAGCAAUGCGUUCAUAGCAAGCUGAUAAGAAUAGCAAGAUAAUCCAAUACCUGCAUUUCGUUUGGUUAGUGCGCAUUCCUCGAACUGCCUUAUGUGUUGUCACCGUUAUAGAGCAAUGCAUUUACUCGUUUUAGAUCAGAACCUUGCUAUCGACCCACACCAAGAUAAAAAGGAAAAAGACUUUCGCACAAUUGUUUCCUAACUGAUAACAUUGUACAUUCUUAGGAGAGUAGUAAUUGUGUGAAAUUUCCUCAUACUGUUUCUAAGUUUUCAGCAUAGUAUUGCACUUGAGCAGGGAAUCCGAGGACACUUCACAGACAGUGAACUUAAAGUUUCCAUGUCAAGAGAUUAUGGCUUAAAUAAGUAGUUUGUCCUAUAGGGGGGAAUAAAAAGAAACCACCUUAAAAAUGAUAUGCCAUAUGCCCUUGAUUUUCAUUUUGCAUUAUAUUGACAUGUGUUUUUUUUUUUUUGAAGAAAAAAGUAAUAAAAAUCUGAUAGUCUAAGACUCCACUAUUUAAAAGCCUAAUUACUUUUAAAGUAUGCAUACUUUCAAAACUUUUACCAAAACACACAACUGUUGAAACAUUCACUUCUCUACGGAAGUAUGCAUAUCGGUGUCAGUUUCUUUGUACAGGUAUACUUAGAUAUUUUUUAUGAUUUUUCAUGUGCAAGUAUCAAGGUUUGAAGUUUUAGUAAAAAAAAAAAAAAAAGAAAUAUUCUGUAGAUUACAUUCCCAAAAAAAAUAAUGCUUACACGCAAUGUAUAUUCCACGUUUUAAAGCUGAGAUGUAUUUCACUUUACACACUUCAGUUGACAUAGAGCACUUAGAAUUAAUCGGGUAUUUUUGAUUUCUCAAAGUUAAAAAAAAUAGAUUUUUUAGGCUUGAUAUGGUUGUGUCAUAAUCAUCUCGUAAUUGACAAUUUUGCUUUUUGGCAAUAAAAGGAAGUUGGGAUAUCUUUGGACUGUAAAACCUGGUCUAAUUCUUCUCUUUCUGGACUCUUGAUAGAUUGGAUAAUUAAACAGUAUCCCAAGAAACUAAAGAAAUGGGCAUUUUAAUUGCUUAUUUAAGUUACUUUUAAGUGAAUACUGCUCACAACAGUUUUACAAAGAGGAAGUGCUUACUGAUUCCAGUAACUGCAAUUUCUUUUUCAGCUAGAUGAGUGAUCGGAAAUUUUUUGUUGCAUUUCAAAAUCUAAAUAAACUACAGACUUUAUCCUUAUACGAAGAAUGUUUUUUUUAUAUAUGUAUACUUUGUCUUAAAAUAAUACAGCAUGGUACAAUAAAUAGUGCUUUUAUAUACACGUAUAUAUAUAUACACUUUUAUGAAGAAUGAUGGUUUGAGUUACACGUUGGACAGUUUUAAUUUUUGGAGACUUAACAUUAGUUACACUGACUCUGCCCUCCUCUUUUAUUUGUUCCACCUUUUUGGGUUUUGUACUUCAAAUUUCUGCCAUCUUUAUCGAAAUGCACCAGUGGUGACCUGAAACUAGUACCCUUGGGAGAUGAAGCUUUCCAUAACUUCCACUUUGACUUUGCUGUUGACCUUGUAGACCUGCGUGCUUUGUUUCAAUGUUGAAUAUGUUAUCCAUUUAAAUUAUUUUUCUUUUAUUUAAUGUUAUCCCAAGACUGUUCUCACAAAGAAAGGGAACAAAGAAAUAUCCCCCCCACCCCGUAUCAUUCACUUAAACUCAUUUAUUUUUUAAUAUGUUGGUGUUUUUAUGACAAGGAAUAUGUGGUUUCCUCUACACUUUGUUAUGACACUUUGCUUGAAAUCAUAGUUUUCCCACUUGACAGCUUUGCUGUCAGAUCUUCAAGAACUUUAAGACUUCUUUGAAGUAAAUAUUUUAAGUUCUGCCAUUGGUCUGAAGACCGCUGUGUCGGUGGCACAUCACCUCAGCGCAGGAAUGCUUCAUCAGAUGAGGUGUUAUGGGACCGUGCUCACCCUCUAUGAGCGUUUGUAUUUUUCUAUAGUACUUUUGAUAAGAGUAGACAUUAAUUUCCUAAGUCGAGCCUGAUUUUAAAAAAUUGUAGUUCCACUGAGAACUGGAUACUUUUCUUGUACAGUGUAAGGGGUUUUGUUUGUAACAUCACCAGCACAGGUUUAAGAAUGUGACAGUUGCUGAGCGGUUCAGGUACCCUUAGGAAGAAAAGGCUUGGAAAAUGGAAGUUCUGUAAACAGAAUUUCAGGUGUUGCAUUCCUGUCGUAAACACGUUUCUUUAAAUCUACACGAUGGCAGACUUUCCUACCAGGUUAUAACAUUUGAGGUAACUGAUAGCCAGCAUAACUUAUUGACUUACCAUUAAAGUGUAGUCAUCACUCUUACUGUGAAGUCCUGAAUGCCUGCCAGGCUCAGCUUGUUUCUUCAUCAUUCGAGAAGCAUCUCAAAAGUUGGGUUUCUCCACUUUGGUUCAGAAAGUUCUGGGUGUUAGAGGAAGGAAGUGGCCUUGUGUGCUGCUCGAGACGGAUCCCUGUCAGUUCACACUUCUCAUCUCUCUCGGUGAGCAAAGUCUUGUAGAGGAGUAGUAGCUCCUAAUGCCCUUCAGCUUUUGUUCACCGUGAGCCUGUUGUGCUUUCUCACAGGUCCUUCCUGGUCCUGUGUGGGCUGGGGAGACCUCCCACUAGACAGGGCAGGAGCUCUCCAGCAUUGGAAACAUUGUUGCUUUUUGAGCUUCAGUUAUUACUGCACAUUAUUUCAUUGGGUUUAGAAUAGCUGAGUGGCUCCUACACAUUUUUUUUGUCUUUGAUCUACAGUGCGCAUGUGCUACCUAGGCAGGUAGGAAUCCACCAUCUUAGCUCUGACUCAGGGUGCCAACAAUGGGUCAUUUUAUCUUCCUAAGAGGUAGAAGAGGCCUUGUGCUCAGGGCAAGCUUUCAUUCCCACAGAUGAGAGACACUUGCAAAGUGCCAGUGAGGUUAGAUCUUUUGCCACUUCUCUGAUUUUACUGAUUUGGGUUUUUAAAGGGCUGUUUAAAAAUAAAUAAAUGAAAUGAGAAAAAAAAAAAAAAAAAAAAAAAAAAGGGGAGGCCGGGAGCCUUGGAGUGGGCACACUGACUGCCUGCUGCCCUCCCUAGGACCUGUAAAGUAGAGCUCAUCUUUUCCGUGUGUUUACUUGAAGAAGCACUAUUAGAAUCAGUGAGAAUUUAUUUGAGUCUGCAAUUUAAUUUAAACCUUUUCCGUUUCAAAUUGCUUUAUUUCAGGGAAAUAAUUUUCCAGUUGUUUUUGCUAUAUUCUGCAAAUAAAAACCAUAUGUUUCCUUUCUCCAACUAAACUUUGGUAGGAAACAAGCUAAAGCAGACAAACAUUUCUUGUUGUGUUUGUUGCUUUCUUUAAUCCAAUGGAUAAAAAAAAGUAAAAAACCCUGUAAACAUUAUUUUAUUUUUUUAUGCAAUACCAUGCUGUAAAUAUGGUUCAUCAAGUAAGGAUGUACCUAUGAUUGAAUCUUUAAUUCUGCACAGUUAGAGUUUAUAUAUAAACGUGUCUUGACAAUCAAGGACUUUGAUGUGAGUCUUCCUUUAUGAUGUUUAUUAAUGUUAUGCAUUCCAUUUGUUUGAAGUGAGUACCAAUGUGCUAAUUUGUAUUGUCUGAAAGUAUGUAAUGUUUUUACAGCUUGUUUUUAAGACUCUGUAAAUAUGUACAAACCAAUCACAGUACGGCUUUAUGUUAGAAGGCGUGUGAUGUACUGUAUGUAAGCAAUAAUACAUAGCAGUGCUAACUUUACAAGUAGCAUCAGGAACGUUCUAUAGAAACAUUUCAGAGUUGUUAGUUAUCCUUAUUUCAUUUAACAAUGAUUAUCUUUAAUCAGUUUUUAUAAGCAGAUUCCAUUGUUCCUUCUGUUGGAACGUAACACUGUUUACACAGCAUAAUUGACGUUGCAGGGGAGACAGGCUAGACCUGGCUUCGUCUGCGCUCACUCUCACUAAGCAUUGAAUGGCCUUACCACUCUUGUGCAAAGAUGGAGGAAGACCACAGAACUUAGUGCCCAUCACACUGAAGGAAGGGAUGUGUUUUUGUUUUUGUGGGGCUUUUUUGUGGGUUUUUUUUUGUUUUGUUUUGUUUUGUUUUUUGUUUUUUGUUUUUUUUCUUUUUUUCUGCUUCUGUACUGCUACCUAACUUUGUGGUUUGCUUUGGGUUUUAAUAUGUGUUUCUGUUUUAGAUUCAAGCCCGUAAGUGUUCAGGUAACUUCAGUUCAAUUGUGAAGUAGAUAAAUUUCUUCAUAUUUCAUAGCUACAUUUCAAUGAUUCUAAACUUUCUACUUUGAUUUUUAGAUACUUAUUUUUCAAGCUUGAUUUCUCAGUUGACCAGAUGAAUUUACUCAACUUCAAUACAAAGAAAGACAAACUUAUAGCUUGAAGUGAGUAGAUCCUGUACUGUACAGAACAGCUCUCUGAACACCCGUCACUGCUUUAGAAAUGAAGCCGCCAAUUUAUAACUGAUUCUGACCUACAUUUUAUAGGGAAAUGUUUUUAAUGCUAGUCAUUUAUAUAUUGUGCUUUGAAGGAUUUGCUAGUCCACUCCUGUCACUUUUUAGUACACUGGUACCUUUUCUAUGUAAUGUAUGCUUUUUAUUAUUGUAGCAAAGCAUUUCAGUAGAAAGACUUUUGCAACAAUAUGGGGGAAAUUUUUCAUUGUUGGGUUUGAAUUAUACUGGAUUUUAUCUGUCUAGUCUUACUUGUCUUUAUUUUAAUGCUGUCUGGAAGGGACCUUGGUACCCAAAUAAAGCAGGUUAACCUCAUUGCUUCAAGGGCAUACUGUGUAGUGCUGAGUUUCACCUGGAAAUCUGAUGACUUUGAAAAGAAAAACACAUUUAUAAAAAUUGUACAGAAGAAAUUAAAUGUGUGAUGGAAAUCCUGAUGGUGGAGCACGUUGAAUUUUCUGAGACAUAGUGUUAUUUUCCUGGAAUCCCUUAUGCCUUCUUUGUAUUCCAACCAAUAAAAGAAAACCUUGUCAUUGAAAGUGGUAGGCUGAUAGGAUAUUCUGAUUAUACAGUAUUACUUUCCUGUCUUAUUCUCUGACCCCUUCUCAAUCACUGUAAAUUUUUAUUUUCUAUUUUCUAUUGCUAAUUAAACAUGUAUAUAAUGUA